AUGUCGGAGGCACGACACGACAGCACGAGCAGUUUACAGCGGAAGAAGCCACCAUGGUUAAAACUGGACAUCCCGGUGCCGGUGCCCAACACUGACUCCCCUCCUGCUUUUUCUUUGCAGCCAACAAGACGUCAGGCCUUUCUGCGAAGUGUGAGCAUGCCUGCCGACAACACCCGUGUGCCCUCCUUGCCUAAUGAAGUGAGGAGACCGGUGCUACAACGACAGACCUCAAUCACCCAGACCAUCAAGAGAGGCACAGCGGACUGGUUUGGGGUGAGCAAAGACAGCGACGCUACUCAGAAAUGGCAGAGAAAGAGCCUCCGCCACUGCAGCCUGCGGUAUGGGAAGCUGAAACCUCAGGUCAUCCGGGAAAUGGACUUGCCCAGUCAGGACAAUAUUUCUCUAACAAGCACAGAGACUCCUCCUCCGCUCUAUGUCGGACCCUGCCAGCUGGGCAUGCAAAAGAUCAUAGACCCCUUGGCCCGCGGCCGAGCUUUCCGUAUGGCUGAUGAUAAUGAUGGCUGCAGCAUCCCCCACACACCGAUCACGCCAGGCGCCACGUCGCUCUGCUCCUUCACCAGCUCACGCUCAGGGUUCAAUCGCCUCCCACGACGGCGGAAACGGGAGUCUGUUGCCAAAAUGAGUUUCCGAGCAGCUGCAGCUUUGGUGAAGGGGCGCUCUGUGAGGGACAGCACCCUGAGGAGAGCUCAGCGGCGCAGCUUCACCCCAGCAAGUUUCCUUGAGGAGGACACGGUGGAUUUUCCAGAUGAGCUCGAUACUUCUUUCUUCGCUCGGGAAGGAGUCCUUCAUGAGGAGCUCUCUACUUAUCCGGAUGAAGUGUUCGAGUCGCCAUCGGAAGCUGCAAUCAAAGAUGCUGAGGUGAAACCUCAGGAUCAGACAGAUCUCACAGGAGGUGCCUUGGACAAAAAUGAGCUUGAAAGAAGCCACUUGCUACUUCCACUAGAGCGAGGCUGGAGGAAGCAAAAGGAUGGGGCCCUGGCACAGCCCAAGGUCCGCUUGCGGCAGGAGGUGGUGAGUGUCAGCCCACAGAAGCGUGGCCAGCGCAUCGCCGUCCCUGUCAGGAAGCUCUUCGCCAAGGAGAAGAGGCCGUAUGGCCUGGGUAUGGUGGGGAAGCUGACAAACCGUACAUACCGCAAGCGCAUCGACAGCUAUGUUAAGCGGCAGAUUGAGGACAUGGACGAUCACAGGCCUUUCUUCACUUACUGGGUCACCUUUGUGCAUUCGCUCAUCACCAUCCUUGCUGUGUGCAUCUACGGCAUUGCCCCUGUGGGGUUCUCACAACAUGAAACUGUUGAUUCAUGGAUCGGCCCCAGCUCAGAGGCCCUGAUCCACCUAGGGGCCAAGUUCUCACCAUGCAUGAGGCAGGACCAGCAAGUGCACAGCUUCAUCAGUGCCAAGCGGGAGAAGGAGAAGCACUCGGCUUGCUGCGUACGGAACGACAAGUCGGGCUGUGUGCAGACCUCAGAGGAGGAGUGCUCGUCCACACUGGCCGUGUGGGUGAAGUGGCCCCAUCACCCCAGCACACCAAUGCUGGCAGGAAGCAAGAGGCAAUUUGGGUCUGUUUGUCAUCAGGACCCCAGGGUGUGUGAGCAGCCAGCCUCAAUGGAGCCACAUGAGUGGCCGGAUGACAUCACCAAAUGGCCGAUCUGCACAAAAAACAGUGCUGGGAAUUACACCAACCACCUUCACAUGGACUGCGUGAUUACAGGCCGGCCCUGCUGCAUUGGGACCAAAGGAAGGUGUGAAAUAACCUCCCGGGAGUAUUGUGAAUUUAUGCGGGGAUAUUUCCAUGAGGAGGCAACGCUCUGCUCUCAGGUGCACUGCAUGGAUGACGUCUGUGGACUCCUCCCUUUCCUAAAUCCAGAAGUCCCUGACCAGUUCUACCGCCUCUGGCUCUCACUUUUCCUCCAUGCUGGGAUCCUGCACUGUCUGGUUUCAGUCUGUUUCCAAAUGACGAUCCUGCGGGACCUAGAGAAGCUGGCAGGAUGGCAUCGCAUCUCUAUCAUCUACCUGCUCAGUGGCAUCACUGGGAACCUUGCCAGUGCAAUAUUUCUACCCUACAGAGCAGAGGUUGGCCCUGCAGGAUCCCAGUUUGGGAUUCUGGCCUGUCUCUUUGUGGAGCUCUUCCAGAGUUGGCAAAUCCUGGCACGCCCAUGGAGGGCUUUCUUCAAGCUGCUGGCUGUGGUGCUCUUUCUUUUUGCCUUUGGCCUCCUGCCUUGGAUUGAUAAUUUUGCUCACAUUUCAGGAUUUAUCAGUGGUUUCUUCCUCUCCUUUGCCUUCCUGCCCUACAUUAGCUUUGGGAAGUUUGAUUUAUAUAGGAAGCGAUGCCAAAUUAUAGUUUUCCAGCUCAUCUUCAUUGCACUCUUCUCAGGACUUGUGAUUCUGUUCUAUUUCUACCCCAUCAAGUGCGAGUGGUGCGAGUUCCUUACUUGUAUACCAUUCACAGACAAAUUCUGCGAGAAAUACGACCUGGAUGCACAGCUCCACUGAAAGGCAAAGACUGGCUUCUCGAGCAGGCACUGGAGAUGGACUGUCUUUGCGUUUGCUGUGCCAGUUCCAUGUGGACAAAGUCUCUAAUCCAAUGACACUUCUAACCCUGCCCAUGGUUAAUUUAAACUGUCUCCUUAGCACUUGGCAGGCAUGUUUUGCCUUAUCUCAGAAGACUCUGAAAACAGAACGUUUGUGCCUUGUUCAAUUGUAUUGAACCUUUUCUGCUGCCAUUAUUUUUAUUACACUAGUUUCAAUACUACAUUUUUAACCAGAGUUGUUUACUACUGCUAAGGUGGUGAUUAAAUGGUAAGGUAGCGUUUUAGCUACUGUUAAUUGUU